UUCCCAAAAUAGUGAUGGUGCUAUUUCAAGUCAAUCAUUUAUUUUUUAGGAAGGAUGUCCACUCUCUUUUGUUAAAAUUGUAAAAUUCAGGGUCCUCAAGUAAGUUGCCUGCCUUGACGUUGUACCUGAAGUUUUUGUUUGAAGUGUUCCAAUUUUGCCACAAUGGGAAGGGGGUGUUUGUUUGCGGGGUUUUUGUUCAAUGUUCCAUUUAUGCCUUUUGGUUGGACAUUUCACCUAAAAUAACCUUCCUGUUCUUACCUUAUCAAGGUCAUAAAAAAGCAUUCAACUUCACUGGAGUAAUACAAAUGCAAAAUUUUGAUUUCCAUAUGUUCUGGUGUGUCCCCUUGCAUCCAUUUCCAUAUUCUCAUUAUUUCCAUAACUGUUAAUUUGCCCACAAGCCAAACUAUCUGCAUUUGAUGCAAAAAGCUAAAAGGCUGGGGCUCACUCAGGCUGAGUAAUUAGUUAACCUGAGAGUGUUCAUGAUCCACAAUGGCUCUCAAUAUACCAGGGAUGAUAAUGAUGGUAGCUUUCUAUGUGCUGGUGUUGGGAACCGGCAUCUGGGCAUCCAUGAAAUCUAAAAUGAUCGAGAAAAGCACACUCAGUAGUCGUGUAGAAGUUUCCUUUUUGGCUAACCGCAGGGUCAGCUUGCUACUGGGAGUAUUUACAAUGACAGCUACUUGGGUUGGAGGUGCCUUUAUCAUCGGUGUUGCAGAGUCUGUGUAUGAUCCUACCAAAGGUCUAAUCUGGGCUCUUGUUCCUCUGCAGGUCUCUCUUUCCUUUAUUAUUGGUGGAUUGUUCUUUGCAAAGCCAAUGAGGGAGAACAAUUACAUAAGUAUGAUGGAUCCCUUUCAGAGGAAGUAUGGAAAACCACUGACUGCGGUUCUCGCCAUUGUUCCAGUCAUAGCUGAAAUCAUCUGGGUUCCUGGAUUACUGAUUUCUCUGGCGGCGACCAUGACUGUCAUCUUGGAUCUGCCCUUUAGUGUUUGCGUCUGGAUCUCUGCUGCAGUGGCGAUCAUCUACACCGUUCUUGGAGGUCUCUACUCAGUUGCAUACACUGAUGUCAUCCAGCUGUUACUUGUGCUUUUUAGCUUGUGGCUGUGUGUCCCCUUCGCUAUGACAAGUGACGUUUAUACUGACAUCACUAAAACAGCGUUGAACCACACAUAUCAGGCCGCCUGGCUUGGCCACCUUGAGUCUCAUGACGUCGGUAGAUGGAUUGAUGAUUUCCUAUUGAUGACUGUGGGCAAUAUGGCCGUUCAGGAUUUCCAUCAAAGGAUUCUCUCCUCCAGCUCCACGUCCACAGCCAGAAUCAUCUGUUUCAUAGCAGCAGGUGGAGUCAUCAUUGCAGGACUUCCAUCAGUGUUGAUCGCUGCUGUCGCAGCUUCAACUGACUGGAACUCCACCACAUAUGGUUCUCCCUCUCCAUAUGAGCGAGGAGAGGCAGCCAUGGUGUUGCCCAUCAUCCUUCAGCAUUUGAUCCCAAGCUACAUAUCUGCUUUUGGCGUUGGAGCUGUUGCGGCUGCAGUGAUGUCAUCCGCUGACUCUUUUCUCUUAUCUGCAACCACCAUCUUCACCACCAGCAUCUACCAGACCAUCAGGAGUCAGGCAUCAGAUAAAGAGCUGCAGUGGGUGAUUUGUCUCUCCAUAGUGGUUGCAGGACUUGUUGGAACAUCCCUCACAUACCUGGACGGCGGCAUCUUAGUGUUCUGGAUCCUGGGCUCAGACUUGACCUACACGAUUAUAUUCCCCCAACUGAUCUGCGUCCUCUUCACGGAGGUAUCCAACGGUUACGGGGCGAUCGCAGGCUACCUUAUUGCAGUGGUAAUGAGACUGUUGUGUGGAGAGCCGUUGUUAGGCCUUCCGGUGUUCCUGCAGUUCCCGGGUUGCGCUUUAGAGGAUGGUGUUUACAUUCAGCGCUCUCCUGUCAAGACCAUUUGCAUGCUGUGUGCUCUGGUUUCCAUUCUCUUGUUUUCAUAUGUGGCCUCACUCCUGUUUAACAAGGGGAUUCUUCCUGGGAGGUGGGAUGUGUUCAAAGUGAAGUCCCAGGGAGCACCAGCAGGUGGUGCCAAAGAGGUUGACUUUGAAAAUGAAGAGGACACAGUGGCCUCUGCACCGAUGCUUGAUACAGGAUGCUAGAUAUUGCAUGCCUUUGUAAAAGAAAAAGUUUUUGUGUGUUUCUGAUAAGAUUGCUAAUUUAGGGUGAUGGCAAAGGAUUUAUUGCAAUGACUGUUUUACUGAUUGAAAAAUUUAUGUAAAUCUCAUAAUUAAAAAGCUCCCCUCUUCCAAAGUUCCUCAAAUCUGUCAUUUAAAUCUAACAAUUACAAAAUGAUGCUCUUAACACUGGAAACUGAAGACUGGCUGCAGGUAUUAUGCACAUUUUCACUUUCGAAAAAACUCCCAUUGCAAGUGUCUUAUUUCAUAUGGAGAAUUUAAUGUUCUAUCUUAUUACUCUUAAAUGUCUCCAUUAAUUUUUGACAAUGCUUUGAUAACGGUUGCAUAACUGUCACUGUAUGCUGGUUGUUUUCUUUGUUCUCAAGUCUCUCUCAAAAGACAGAGUACUAGGGCCACAUUAAGCACAGAAAAAUCUGAGAUUUCAAGAAUGAAUUCACAAUGUUAAAAAAAAAAAAAAAGGUCAUACUAAUAUUAUGUAAAUUAAGUUGUAAUUAAGAGAAUCAAGUUAAACUCUUUCAAGAGAAAAAGUUGUAAUAUUGUGUACAUAAAGUCAUAAUUUAAAGAGAGUAAAGUAAUACUUUUUCAAGAGUAAAAGUCAUAUUUUUAUGAGAAAAAAGUUGUAAUAUCCCAAGAAUGAACUGGCAUAAAAAAUAAUUAACGCACUAUUUCAACCAUUUCUCGUAAAAUGACUUUAUUUGUGUAAUAAUAAAACUUUUACCUCUCAAUAGUAUGACUUUAUUGCCAUGAAAUUAUGACUUUUUUGAUUUUUUUUUCUUAAAAUCAAAACUUAGUACUUGUAAUAUUAUUAUUCUUGAUCAAUAUCUUUAUGUGUUAAAUAAAUGAUUGUCACGAACCAGCUCUUUGGAAGAAAGGGAAGCAAAGUAAAACCAGAUGAAACUGGUAAAAAAAAAUAAAGUUUUUUUUGUUCUUUUCCUUUUUUUUCCCUUUGUACUUUCUUCAAGAAGUUUUCAGUCACUUAUACAAAAACAACCAAAGUGGUGAAUUACAAAUGAAAAGGGCCUGUGGGUGCUGUUCAGAUUAAUCCUUGAGUAACAAAGAAGAAAUGAAGAAAAUUAAAAACAAGAAAUUUUGUUUAAAAAAAUAAAAUCACAUCAAUGACAUGAUCAUCAUGUGUUAGCACAGUGCUGCAGGCUCCGCCACUUAUCUUUUUAAAAUAACCAUUUUGCAAUGAUGAACAAGGUCUGGGUUACAAACUAAGAAACCAUAAAGCCUUCUUGGUUAAGCUGAGUAAAAGUAAGGAGGUAAAACUUGACUUGACUUGAAUGGUGAUUACUUUACAAACAUUUCAACCACGUGGAUGGCGACCAGCUGACAGAGACUACACAGAAAUGGCAUCUGACCAGAUAACCCUCGCACAACUGUGGGGUGCGAUCAAAGAAAGUAAUGCGGACAUCUCCCGACACAUCGACUCAAAAAUAGGCGAGGUACAAAGCCAACUAACAAACGUCCAAGUCUCCUUCUGAACGCUGGGUGACCAACUUGAGGAGAUCCAACACAGGGUCGGUGCAAACGAAGACAACAUUCAAAGUGUCACAGUCAACGUUGCAGCAUUAGACAAAGAAGUUACUGUAGCCUACUUAAACGUAAAAACCAAGAAAGAGAGGAUGAAAUGAGAAGGGCAAACUUAAGGUUGGUGGGGCUUCCUCAGGGAGCGGAGAAGCGGGACCUGGCUACACCUUUACCUAUCGAGAGGGCUUACAGGACUGAGGUCAAACCAGCCCUCACUUUGAAACAUUUGGUCAAGCCAGCCUUCACUUUGGGGUGCGCGCAUAUACUACACAUUACGGCAAGAGCGAGAAAGGACUGAUUUCAAAGUAAAAGCAAGCUUCCAAAACGACCUCAGGCCAAAGAGCAUGGAUACCAAGAGGCGAAGCUCAAUAGAACCAGAGACGCCCCAUAGCAACAGACUCGCCCAUGGUUUCGUCCUACCGCCGCCAUUUUGGACUGUCAGCAGACCGCAGCAGACCCGCUUGCAUACAAAAACACACAGACAAACUGAAGUAUAUCGCUAUUAAUUGUGCUUACAAUGCUACUCACCUCGUGAUGGCUUGGUCACAGCUGCUUUUUCACAUUUUUGUAAAGCAAAAUAGGCUACAGACUUUAUAAAACACACAACAAAAAAAACGGCCUAGAUGGCAUCUCUACAUAGGCCUAUUACAUCCACUUAUGAGAAGAUUAACUUAAGUACUCCAAACAAAAUCGCCCCAUAAGCCAAUCUACCAAAAAAACACAGGACAGGCGAGCGGCUGAGGAAGGGGUCGCAGUUAAGAUUGUCCGUCGCUGCGGGGAGAGAGGUCCCUCGGUGGUAAUUUUGGGCUGGGCCUUUUUUUUUUUUUUUUAGUCAUGUCAUGAUAUGAGGGCCGAUGCCCCCUCCCACUUGGGCCUCGGCUGCCAGUCAAUCAAUCAUACAGGGAGAGAGGAGAUUGACAAAAUUGAGAAGAAACUCAAAGGAGGUGCGGAAAAAAUAAGAGAGAAAAAGAGACAAGCCCUUUACGAAGAUGCUGCCAAAUGUGUUAAAAUAACACAGAUGUUUGCUGGCUAUGGCGGAGCUUCUUCAGCGGCAGCAUCAGUGACCGCACCCGCACUGGCAUCCAAAGCAGCCGCAGCAGGUAAGGAUGGCGGUGGUGGCCGUCAGCAGGUGGAUGAGACGAAGGGGAGGCAGGAGGAGGAGACCCGCGGCCGCCGCAUUAUAUGACGACGGCACAGUCGGUGAGACUGGAGGGGAAUUUGAACUUCAGGUAAGAAGUGAUGAACUGCAGUCUACCUGGGUCAGAUAUGAAUCAAGUUUGGUUGAUAGUUUAUUUUCGUUGUGCUUGCUAACUAACACAGCAUAGUUAUGAGUAGGCCAUUUAACAAUUUAGCUGGCUGUUGAGCAGCAUGAUGGGGUUUCUCUACUGCUGGGCUGUUUCUGUGAUGUUAUACUAGUGAUGGUGAUCUUUGUGCUUCAGUAACUUUAUUUUAUUCAUUUAGUUAGUUAAGUAUAGUCUUUAUUAGUUAGGUAGUAAAAUAUUUCAAUGUCUAUUAAUUGAUAUAGGUGCACUAUGCAGUAAUUCUUUACUCUGAAACAGCUAAAGCUCAACAGAGCAAUUUUGUUCAUGUAAAACCAAAUGAUUAGGCUAGUAUUCAUCAUAAACCCACUUGCAAAUAUAAUUUAGACUGAAUCAAAUUAGGAUUUGCCAGGAGAUGUGAUGCUGCUCAUUAACAUAAAAGUGGCUUGGAGUUAAAAGUAACUACUUAAAUGUAUUUGUCUUUUAUACAUAAAUAUCCUCUUUAUUCUAGAUAUGUUGUUCUUUUAUCUUAUUGUUUUUUUUACUGACAUGUAACAGCAAACUCUUGUGGACAAUAAUUACCUGUAUUUUGUUUUUAUUGCGGGCAUGUUUCCAUUCAAUUUAAAAUAUCCCUUCACUUUUUAAAGGUUGCCAUGUUUGAGGAAGUAUUAUGUGUUGCUGUGCUGUUUAUUGAUGUGGUGAGUACAUGAAAAUAUUACUAAAUCUAUCAUUUAUUCAUUUUAAUAUUCAUCAAUAAUCAUGUCUCACCUCUGUUCCUCACUGUCCAAUUUUCAGGAUCCCAUCAUACGUUCAUUUUUCAGGAGGUUGACUAGACCAAGCAGCCUUUUGGGUUCCUCUAAGUAAAUACUGUAUAGAAUAAUGGGACUGGAAGGAUGGUGUAGGUUUAAAUUUAUUAGACAAGUACAUAUACACCAACAAGACAGUGUACAAGCGGUGUCACAAGAAAGUUUGUUUUCAUUCAUAGGCUUCAUUGUCUUUCCAUCAAUACCUGGUGGGCCAGACUAGGCUCAAAAUGCCCGGGCCGAUUUUUUGU